UGAAGGGCACGUUCACCCGCGGUCUGAAGGAGGCUGCCGCGGACAUUAAGGAGGCGGUUGGUAUCCUCCUCAACAGGACUGCCUCAGACGAGGUCGCGAAGUUGCAGGAGGAGAACGGCCGCCUCCGUGCCGAUCUUGAGGACCUCCGGCGGCAAGUCGCUGCGCUGAGCGAGCAGCAGCAGCGACGCACGCCGCCCACUGCCGCCACGCCGGUGGUGGCCCCGUCUCCCGCACCGAGACCGGCAAGCGCUCGUUCCGACGACGAGGUCGAGCGCAUUGUCCGGCUCUGCAUGCUCCAGUACGGGAGCAUGGUCAAUGCCCGUAUAGAGGCGGUGUCUCGGUGCCUCCCGCCGGAAACCCUCCGUCCGCCCCUAGCGGCCGAUGCCAGGCGGAGGAUGGAGGAGCCGCCGAGGCCUGCACCUCGCCAGGGAAAGCCCACGGGGGGUGUCAAAAAGCCCGUGGAGGGAGCCCCGGUAAGCGCUCAGCCCACGACGGCCGGCUCUAAGGGUGAGAGCUGGGCGACAGUCGUAGGCCGCAAGAAGGCCCGCAAAGUCGCAAAGGCGGCCACAUCUGCAGCGCGCACCCCAGGCCCUACGGCAAAGGCGGCUGCGCAGCCUGCGCGACGGACUGCCAAAGGCGGUAGCAAAGGACCGACAGUGCGUGCCCCGCGUUCCGAGGCCGUGACGCUGACGCUGCAGCCCGGGGCUGCGGAGCGCGGCGUUACGUACCAGUCGGUCAUUGCCGAGGCCAAGGUCAAGAUCAAAUUGUCAGAUCUUGGCCUCCAGUCCGUCACCCUCAGGCAGACCGUCACGGGUGCGCGGCUGUUCGAGGUGGCCGGCGCUGCGAGUGGCAGCGCUGAAAAGGCGGACGCUCUGGCCGCCAAGAUGAGGGAGGUCCUCAACCCCGAGGACGUCCGGGUCUCCAGACCGGUGAAAACCGCAGAGGUGCGGAUCACUGGUCUGGACGACUCCGUGACCCCCGAGGAAGUGGUGGCGGCCGUUGCCCGUAGCGGAGAGUGUCCGCCGGAUAGAGUGCGGGCCGGCGACAUACGCACCGACGCCACCGGACUCGGCGCAGUCUGGGUUCGGUGCCCUGUGGCAUCGGCGAAGAAGAUCGCCUUAGCUGGCGAAGUGCAGGUGGGCUGGGUUGCAGCGAGGGUAAAACUCCUGCAACCCCGGGCUUUGAGGUGCUUCCGGUGCCUGGAAAAGGGGCACGUCCGGGCAAAGUGCACCUCCGCAGCAGACCGUAGCGAUCUCUGCUAUCGCUGCGGUCAGCCCGGUCACAAGGCGACCCAGUGUUCCGCCGCGCUUAACUGCUGCCUGUGUUCGGCCGCGGGGAAGCCGGCGGGACACAGAUUGGGCGGGGGAGCCUGUGGCAUGCCCACCAGCACUGCCAAAAGGUUAGGGAAGAAGAGCUCCAUGCCUGCCGGGGUAAUCUCGCAGCCCCCGCAGGCUGGUAGCUCCGCGACCGACUCCCGGUCCGGGACUGUUGUCGGGGGAAUGGAUUGUCAAUAAUGGCGCAAUUCCAUUUCCUCCAGGGCAACAUCAAUCACUCUGCCAGAGCUCAGGAUCUUCUACUCCAGAGCAUGGCAGAGUGGUCGAUCGACGUGGCUGUGGUCGCCGAGCCGUACUUCGUCCCCGCCCGUGUCAACUGGUUGGGGUGCGCUGAUGGUUUGGUGGCCAUUAUUGGCGGGACUCUGAUCGACCCGUCCAGGGGCCGCGGCUGGGUUGCCGCGGUUUCGGACGGCAUCGCCGUCGUGGGGACGUAUUUCUCCCCCAACAAGAGUCUCGCCGACUUCGAGGGUUUCCUUGUCGAGUUGGGUGCCGUCGUGAACCGCUACCACCCUCGUCCCGUUCUGGUGCUCGGGGAUCACAACGCCAAGUCAUCGGCGUGGGGAUCUCCGGUCACUGACUCUCGGGGCGAGGUGUUGGAAGAGUGGGCGGUGACGACCGGUCUGGUCGUCCUGAAUCGGGGUUCGGAAUACACGUGCGUGCGGCAGCGGGGCGGGUCGAUUGUGGACGUUUCGUUCGCAAGCCCCUCUGUCGCCGGCCGAGUCCGAGACUGGCGUGUCGCCGCGGAGGUGGAGACGUUAUCGGACCAUCGUUAUAUCCGGUUCGACGUCUCCGCUCAGACCGCGAACGGCCGCCAUCCAACAACCCCGAUCAACGACGGCCCCCGAUGGGCGCUCAAGAACAUCGACAGGGAACUACUCGAGGAAGCUGCCUUAGUCCAGUCCUGGAUCUGGGAGUCGGCGACGGACGGCCUCGUCGACGCUGUGGUUUC